AUGAGAAGCCUUUCAACCUUCCUCUCGCUGCUGCGCCUGGCAGAAUGGGUAACGCCAGCCCAAAGCGAGGCAACACCAUCAAGCAACACGGCCGCGAAGCCGUGCUCCCCCGACACCUUUGUAUUCCCCACGGAGCUCGAGCGCGCAAACCUCGUGGGCAUAACAGCGGCCGAGGUCAGAGACCUGACGUUCAACCCAUUGACACCAGAGGGUCGCGCAGCCAUCCCGCCGACGGGUGUCAGCUUCUGCAACGUGACGGUCAAGUACGUCCACACGGGCUUCGAAGACGUCACGCAGGUGCAGAUAUGGCUUCCAUCUGCCGAGGCGUGGAACGGACGGUUCGUGGGCGUCGGAGGAGGAGGGUACUCGGCCGGGCAGUUUGGGAGCGAAAAGGUCGUUGCGACGCUGGCGCAGGGAUAUGCGACAAGCUCAACGGACGCCGGGCACGAUCAUACGACGUGGGAAGAGGCGCCUUGGGCGUUGAAGAAAGAUGGCACGGUCAAUGAGCGAUUACUCGUGAACUACGCCCACGUCUCGGUGCACGACAUGACCAUCAUCGCCAAGUCGAUUGUAACGCAAUACUACUCUCGGACGCCAGAGUACUCGUACUGGAGCGGUUGCUCGACGGGUGGCCGGCAGGGCGUCAUCGAAGCGCAGCGAUAUCCGGGAGACUACGACGGCAUCCUCUCCGGUGCACCGGCCGUGAACCAGCCAAGUCUCAUCAUCAGCACGUACUGGCCUCAGUUCGUGAUGAACCAAAAGGGGGUGUACCCGCAUAUCUGCGAACUGAUUCUCAUGACGCAGUUCGCGAUCGACGCAUGCGACGAGCUUGACGGCGUAAAGGACAACAUCAUUGCGGACCCAGAUAAGUGUGCAUUCGAUCCGGCAAGCGUUGUCGGCAAGGAGCUCGAUUGUGGGAACAUGAAGAUGGUCAUGUCGGCCGCAGCAGCUGAUGUCGCGCGGGAGAUCUGGCGGGGCCCACACGGCGCGGACGGGAAACCGCUCUGGCUGCCAAAGGGGUAUCCAGUCGGCGCACCCUUCACAGGCCGCUUCGGGCUCGGUAACACAAACUGCAGUGUACCGGACGCGCCGUGCGUCGGUCGGCCAUUCCAGAUGUCGGUGGCAUGGAUCCGCAACCUCGUGCACAAGGACCCGAGCUACGACGUUAACGGCAUGACGUUUGCCGAUCUUGAGGCGGCAUAUGAGACUAGCAGGCGGGAGUUUGACAGCAUUAUCGGGGCAAACAAUCCAGACUUGUCCGAGUUCAAGAGACUUGGGCGUAAGAUGAUUAGCUGGCACGGGCUGGCCGACGAGUGUGUAACGAUGCGCACGUCGAGGGACUAUUACGACCGGGUGCUGGCGGUGGACGCUGCCGCGGAUGGGUAUUAUCGCCACUUUGAAGCGCCGGGAGUGUACCACUGCUAUGGGCUGAAUGGAACGUUUUACCCGCUGAAGGGGUUGGAGACGCUGCGAGCUUGGGUCGAGGAGGGGAAGACGCCGGCUGUGAUGGACGGGUUUAAGCUAAGCGGAGGCAACGAUAGCGCGGCGCCGACGAGACCGUUGUGCGCAUAUCCCGCGACUGUCAAGUUUGUCGGUGGCGAUGCGGAUAAGAAGGACUCGUGGAUCUGCGAGAAGCGAUCAGCAAGUUGCCCGAAGCCAGAGUGGAACAGGGACGAGUUGUAG